GUAAAAGAGAACAAAGACAUUCUCCUCCACAAUUGGCGGUUCUUUAUCUUGCUCUUUAAUUCUCAUAUAUCCAUACUCCAUAACCAGCAGUCACAAGCCACGAUUUCUAUCUUAAAUUGCAUAAGAUCAACUCGCACUUUCCACCAGGAGCCUCCCUGUGGUUCAUCUGUAACGGAAACGAAAUGUCGGCGUCUGGACUAACGGCCGCCGUUUUCUCAGUCUCCUCGUCUCUCGUGGCUUCUGCCAAGUGUAGAGGACAAUGUGGCUUUCUUCGAAAACCAGAGUUAUUGGCUCUUAAACCCCUUCGCUCUUUCCGUAAAACCCUAAUUUCGCCUUCUCGUAAGGACACAGUGGCCAUGGCAUUGAUCUCUAAACCUCUUGAGGUCUGUGUGAAGGCUUCGACUACAACCCCAAACACGAUUGGUGACUGCCCAUUCUGUCAGAGGAUUUUGCUGACUCUUGAAGAGAAGCAUCUCCCGUAUGACAUGAAGUUGAUUGAUUUGGCUAAGAAGCCUGAUUGGUUCUUGAAAAUUAAUCCAGAGGGAAAAGUUCCUGUUCUCAAUCUGGAAGAUCAGUGGAUCUCAGACUCAGAUGUUAUUGCUCAGCUAUUGGAAGAGAAAUACCCUGAACCAUCAUUAGCAACCCCACCUGAGAAGGCAUCAGUAGGUUCAAAAAUCUUUUCAACUUUUAUUAGUUUUCUCAAAAGUAAAGACCCUAAUGAUGGAACAGAGCAAGAAUUGUUGAAAGAACUGGGUUCCUUCAAUGAUUAUAUUAAAGAAAAUGGCCCCUUUGUCAACGGGAAAGGGCUUUCUGCAGCUGAUCUGUCUUUAGCUCCCAAGCUCUACCAUUUGGAGAUUGUUUUAGGUUACUAUAAGAAAUGGUCAGUUCCAGAAUCUCUUCCAUAUGUGCAAUCUUAUAUGAAGUCGAUUUUGUCGCUCGAGUCCUUUCAAAAAACUCGAGCUCAGGAAGACGAUGUUAUCGCUGGAUGGCGGCCCAAAGUCCUGGGUUAAAUAUUGGAUAUGAUAUCAUGGUGAACAUCAAAAUCUGCAUAAGGUGCUCUUGUAACAGGAAGGCACUUUUUAGUCAUGGUUGAUUUGUCAUUAUAACCCAAUAUAUUUAUUCGAGAGCUUGGGGAUACCUAUCUUCUAGAGCCACUUAUGUAGUUGUAAGGUACAAGAGCUAUGCUCUUUUUAUGAAUGGAAAUUUGUUGUCCAAUCAUAUUUGUUGGAAAUUCCUUGUUCCAUUAUUAUUUGUUAUUUUUUUUUUAAAAAAACUCUGUAGUUCUGUACUCACUAUCAAAGUCAAGACAUCGCAAUAGUUCCUGUCAAA